AUGUCCAAGCUAAAGGAAAUCAAAGAAGUAAAUCAAUCCGGCAAACUCAUCGCUACAUACAUUCAAUCACAUGCGCAUAGUACUUCUCUCGAUCAGAAAGAUUCCCGAAUCGACAUCCAUAUACCCAAAGGUCCAUCAACAUGGGUCUCGAGCUUAACAGGAGCAUUCCUCCCAGUUGGAUAUCCCGAUAGUGUGACGGAGGAUUAUACUGCGUGUGUACCAUGUCCUAUUCAUCUCUUAUAUCUAUUAUGUGAGAAGCUCGCUUUUGCUAGUACCAUUGCGGGGUUGCUUGCUAGUAGGGCUGUUCUUCAGGGACUCGGCGUAGGCGAUUCUACCGCAUCAGCAACCGGCGCAGUUCUCCUCAACGUCCUCCAAGAAUCAGCAGGUCGUAUUGCUACCAUUCUUUUCGCCCACCGACUCGGCAGCGCCUUAGAGCCCGAAUGCAAAAAAUAUCGUCUCAUGGCUGAUAUCUUCAAUGAUGGGGCUAUGAUUUUAGAUUGCAUAUCACCUGCUUUCCCAAAGGUUCCUCGUGUGUUUCUCUUGAGUGCUUCGAGUGUUUGUAAAUCUUUAUGUGGAGUGGCGGCAGGGAGCUCAAAGGCCAGUUUGAGUGCUCAUUUUGCUAAGCAGGGGAAUUUGGCGGAGUUGAAUGCUAAAGAUGCAAGUCAGGAAACCCUCAUAUCCCUCCUUGGUAUGCUGGUAGGAACUUUUGUCGUUUCCAGAAUAUCGUCACAAACAGCUACGUGGAUUGCUUUGAUUAGUCUCCUUUCCAUCCAUCUCGGUACGAACUAUCUGGCUGUACGUUCCGUUACAAUGCGCACUCUCAACAGACAACGAGCAAAUCUAGUCAUUUCAGACUUCGUCUCAAAUAUAAACGCCGAGAAGACUAGAUUCAAUCUUCCUACCCCCAAAGAUAUAUCCCGCAAAGAACGGAUCUUUGAAAGAGAUGGCGCCAUUCGACAUAUCCAAGGCGUCGUACUCGGCUAUUGCAAAGUCGGAGUGAGUCUACGAGAAAUCCUCUCUUCAAUAUCUAGCAGUCCCACCGUCUCCGGAAGCUACAAAGAAGAAACGAGUUCAAUCAUCACUUCCCUUUUCAAAAUAUACAAAAAUCAAGGCUACGUAAUGUGGUACUCCCGUCGUCAAAACACCUUCCUCGUAAUCCUCAAAGAAAAUACUGCUCCCUCCGUCCAACUAGACGCUUGGUUCCAUGCCGUGUGGGCUUUAUCCGUUUCUUCUUCCCCUGCUGUUGGUAACUCUACGAAUGGAAGUGAUCAGGAUAUUUUAAAAUGGAUUGAGGAUUCGCUGAGAGAUUCUUCCUUGUGUAAAGAAAAGGCGAAUCUGUACGAGGAGUUACGAAAUAAAGGGUGGGAUCUUGAUACGGCGGCUAUGGAGGUUCGGGCUGGCAGUCGACUUGUUGUUUCAGGGGGAGAAGAGUAG